UUGCAAGGCAGGACAGCGCUCUAUAAAAAGAGAGGGGAGCCGUGAGCCAUGACCACAGAAAUGUAAACUGUGAAGAACUUCUUCCACAAGCAUUAGGACCGCAUCCAGCGCCGUCUUUGUUUCUUCAUCCGGUUCUCCUUAAACUGCCUCCGUGCGGUGACUCGUGAGGCUAAUGGACGUCUCCAGGCUUCUCCUGUCCGUCGUCAUGGUGAUGUCCACAUCUGAUGGGAUAUCAGGAACAUCAGAUUCUUCCUGCUUUCACCUGGACCAGGAUAAAUAUAAACUUAUUAAAGGUGAAGCAUUUUAUUAUGUGCCCUUCGACAUGGAUGACCCCAACCUGCCUGAUGAAAACAUUACGUGGUACAAAAACGGCMCAGAGGUCAUGAAUAUCACCACAGACGAGACACACAGGAUACAUUACCAUGGAGGAGCGCUGUUUUUAUUAAACAUCAGCGCUGAUGAUGCUGGUUACUAUUCUGCCAGGCACAUUGAGCCAUCAGGUGAAUGUUUCUACUAUCAUCUAGAGAUCGAGGUCUUCAGUGAAACAAGUCGAGAGAAUCUGACCUAUGGAUCUAUCAAAAACUCUGACCAGAACAAAAACAUUCCUUGUCCGCAGCCUGUUAAAGACACAUGUAAAACAUUUAACGGGAAUUUCACAUGGCUCAAGGGCAAGAAACUCAUUCCUGAUCAACACAGAGAAAGCCUGUGGGUAAAUGAUGCAACAAAAGACGAUGAGGACAUCUACACCUGCAUAUGUACCUGGACUCACAACCACAAGCUGUACAACUCUUCUGGUUCCAGGAGACUUUUUGCUUUAGAGAAAGCUGUUUUUGCAAACGUAAAAAUCAUCUCUCCAAACACAACGGACCAGCUGGUUAAGAAAGGCUCCAGUGUGAAGCUGAACUGCACUGUUUACUGUGGGAUUAAUGCAAAACGGGACUGUGAGGCCACAUGGUGGAUUAAUGGAAACCCAGUGAAGCAGAUGGACGGAUACAAUGAGACCAGCAAAUUAGACAUCAAGGCUUCUUCAAAGGAAACGUUCUUCACAGCAAUCCUGAUCAUCGCAAAGGUUUCAGCUGAAGAUUUUCAGAAGAAGUUUCAGUGCCAAGGCUCAGGCUUUUAUACAGCAAACUCUGCAACUUUAUCUCUGAAGAAAGAUGAAUCCUUCACUUUCAUCAUUGUUUUUCUUGUUUUGGGAGUGUGUCUGAUCUUGUUCGCCGCUGUGGUGGUGAAACAUUUUCUGUCUGUGAGGCCCUACUGCCCCCCAAGAAGAUGCAGUAAAGGUACACAAUGCUAAAGGUUUUGCUUCCUCAGAUUAAAUCUGUGGGUUACUAUCAAUUUAAGAAGAGGCCUAAAUAAAUUAUCUGAAUUUAAGCCACCCAGCAAUUAUUUAACAAUUCAGGGACAUGAACAAUGCUAAAUAGAUUUUUUUUAAUGAGAAAAUUGGCAUUAUGAUACAGGGGAGCAAAGGAAUAAGCCAUAAAUAUGUACAGUAAAUGACAAAUGAAGAAUGUGAUGUAGAAAUUCGGAACCAAUCACUGUAAAAGGUAUCCGGACCCAAACAUAGUGCAGUACUUUUAGAAAAUACAGGCCUACCGAUGGUCUGGACCCUAUGCUAUUGAGAAACGACUGGAUCUGAUUUUACCCUACAUUGACGGAGUCCAACUCGGCGAAUCAAAUCCAAUCAUAUUCAAUGGAGUAAACGCCUCCAGCAAUCAAUCGUUUCUCAAUAAAUAGCAUCGGGUUCAGAACAUCUGUAUGAAGCAAAGCACAGAACCAGGGACUGGUUUUCACCAAGCUAGUCAGUGAUGUGAUGCAUGUCAUAAUUCUGCACCAGAUGAAGACAGAUGUUAUAAAUCCAGAUGUAAAUAAUGUCAACGCUUUGGAUGAAGUUAAUCAAUGGAAACACAACAAAGUACUUGAUUGAUUCUUAAAACCUGGAAUUCUUACAUUUGAAGAGCUGCUGGAAUUUAAAGUGGCUCAAAUUACACUGCUCAAAAAAAAGGGAACACUUAAACACUUGAGUGAACACUUAAGUGUUCCCUUUAUUUUUUUGAGCAGUAUAUGUUUAAGGCAUCAAAAUAAACUGCUACCUGAGCUCAUACAGAGAUGUUUUAUGAGAGAGAGACGGGGGAUUUAACUUAAGGAGUUACUCAUACUUAAGGAUUUGUAGUUUACAAACAACAAGAAACAGGUUUUGUAUUUCAAUUCAUGGUGGAACAAGUUAAAUGAGGAGGUGAAACAAAGUCAAAAUUUUAUACAAUUUAAAAGGAAAUUCAAGGUCAUUUUCACAAUAUACAGAAAUAUGGGUGAGAGUUUGCACUAAUGUGUAUAAAAUGAGUGUGUGUAGAUAUGAAUGUAUAGAUGUAUUUAUCUAGACAUAUGUAAACCCAGAUAAAAUGGAAAAUUAAUUAACCUGUUUGUUAUUUUUUUAUUUAAUAACGAGGGUCCGUCUGAAAAUAUUGUAUGAGUUUAUGGAGUAGCAGCUCAUAAGUUUCAUACUUCUUCCUACUCCUUUUUGAGCAUGUUAAGAUUAUUGUGGUACAAAAAUAUAUGUUUUUGCAU